ACCGCGAAAGAAUUUUUGGUAUAAAAAUACAAAUUACUUCUAAAUUCAUAUCAAAACAUUAUUAUAGUUUAUAAAAUGGGAGUAAAGGAUCUGUGGUCGGUUUUAACGCCACAUGCUGAGAGAAAGCCUUUAUGUGAAUUACGAGGUAAAAAAGUUGCUAUAGACCUGGCUGGCUGGAUCUGUGAAAGUUUAAAUGUGGUAGAUUAUUUUGUGCAUCCCAGACAGCAUUUGAAGAACCUAUUCUUUCGGACAUGUUAUUUGAUAUGGGAGGACGUGACUCCCGUUUUUAUCCUAGAAGGCCAAGCGCCCAAACUAAAGGGUCAAAUAAUUUCAAAACGCUCCGAGCAGCAAUUCCGUGGUGCCAAACCUAAACAAAAUAAAUUGGAAAAAACAUCAGCAGAAACUAAAGAAAAGGAUAAAGGUCGGACAAGAUUUAACCAUGUGUUGAAACAAUGCGAAACCUUGUUGCAGUCAAUGGGUAUCCAAUGUGUUCAAGCACCAGGCGAAGCUGAAGCAUAUGGCGCAUUUCUUAACAAAAAAGGGUUAGUUGAUGGAGUGAUUAGCCAGGAUUCAGAUUGCUUUGCUUAUGGCGCCAUUCGUGUCUAUCGUAAUUUUUCGGUGUCCACUCAGGGUGCCCAAGCAGCACAAGGCGGUGCAGUAGACAUCUAUGACAUGCGUCAAAUAAAAGGAAAAAUGGAUUUCGGCCAAAACAAAACUAUUGUAAUGGCACUACUCUGUGGCUGUGAUUACUGUCCUGAAGGAAUCGGCGGCAUAGGGCGAGAUGGUGUUUUAAAGUUAUUCAAUAAGUACAAAGAACAAGAAAUACUAGAAAGAAUAAGAUCGUGGCGACAAGAAGACAAUAAAUAUACCGCUUUGGAAAUGCGAGUUGAUGACAAAUUGAUUUGCAGCAAUUGCGGACACAUGGGACGUACGCAAAGUCAUACAAAGAACGGAUGUGGAAUUUGCCACACUAAUCGUGGUUGUGAUGAGAGCUUGUGGAAAGAAGAACGUUUAUCUUUGAAAGCAGAACUUUCAUUACGUAAGAAGGCAAUGAUGGACCCGUUUUUUCCGUCCGAAGAAAUCAUUGCUGAAUUCCUCAACGAACCCUCCACGGUUCCCACUUUAGCUUUAACUUGGAGACAGCCGAACAUAAUAAAAUUUGUAAAGCAAAUUGGACAUCUGCUGCAAUGGCCCGAAAUUUACUGCUUUCAGAAGUUCUUACCGAUUUUAACACGUUGGCAAGUACAAAAUUUAAGAAAGAUAAAAGAUUUGAAUGCAAACUCUUAUAUAACUAUAAAAGAAAUUGUAAAAAAACGAACGGUACGAGGAGUAAUCAGCCUUGAAAUUGUUUGGGAGGAUGUGAAUGGCUUCUUCAAUGGUCUAAUACCAGAAGAUCAGCUGCAGGAAUUCGAAAAAGAAAAUACGAAGGGUCUUAUUGGACUUUGGAGCACUAUAGAACCGUUUUAUUUGGUUGAAAAUGCCUAUCCAGAAAUGGUAAAUGCCUUCUUAAAAUCCAAGGAAAAACCACCAAAAACAGCAAAAGGUCGUCGGAAGGGCAAAGCAUCUGAUAAAGCCGUGCUAAUUUCGCUAGAAAAUUUAACCGACUUAAUAAAUGCUACCGAAGAAGUAGCGAAGGCCAUCGAACCAAAAACCAAUAAAAUAAAGAAAAGUACAAGCAAAAAAGGCAUUCAAUUGAUUGACAAAUUCUUUAAGCCUCAACAGGUGUGUGCUGAAAAUGUUACCCCUAUUAAAAAUCACAGUCUGUACAGAAUAGCACAGUGUUCUACUCCUGUUACGAAAACUUUUCCAUCAGAUUUAGAAAGUGAUUGCGAUGAUUUAGCACAUGAAAUUUCAGAUAUAGUACGUGGAAUCGUUAACGCUCCUGACCGAGUUGUCCAAAUUACUACACAUAAAGGACAACCGUUACAUUAUGAACCAGUUACAGAAAAUUUAAGCAUUUUACUUAAUGAAUGGAGUAUUAAAGACGACCUUGAUUUAAUAGCUCACAAAAGGAAUUUAUCAAUUUGUUCGCAUAAAGAUGAAAAUGGCACUCCUUUAUCGAAGCGAAUAUCAUUAGAUGACAGCUUUGAUGCUUUGGUAAAUGCGAAACGGCACAAGAUUCGUAACUUAACGGAAAAGGCGAAACGAUUAAAUUUGUUUACCAACCCCACAAUCUCACCAAAACUUAGGUCACAUGUGGAUCGAUUUGUAGAGCAACAUUGUUCACAUACACACAGCUUAAAUGGAAGCGAGCAGCAUCUAAAUAAAAUAUAUAGGAAUAUAUCGUCAGAGAGUGAAGAUGUUGAAAAUAUAAGCUAUUUUUUUAAUAAAGGUAGUCGUGAAAACGAUGAAUUCGAAAAAUUAAUGGAUUUAAGCUUAUUAAAUAAACCAAGAACGACAUCGAUUUGCAAUGCUCCAGAUGAUGUCUUAAUUAUAAACGAAAGCAGUGACGACUGUUGAUAUUUACUUUUAUCCGGUUUUUAUAUAUUUAUUUUUAAUGGUAAAAGUUUAAUAUUUACGCAGAUGGUGUGUUAAUAAAAAUAAUGUGAUUUUUAGCAUUAUUGUGAAGUUGAAUUUGUCAAUAGUAUAAUACUCAUUAUAGUAUAUUCAAAUAUGCAUAUGCUGACUCAAAAUAAACUUAAAUGCGCCAUGCCACACUUCUUAAAA